GAUCAAGCAUACUUGUAAAGCGGGUUGUAGAAGUUGCAGCGUAAGCACACUGAGAGUACCACUUGUUGAUUUAAUCAAAUGGCAGGCUUAUCAGCAGCAACCUCUCUAGUUCACGGACAACAAAAGGAAAAACUAGUACCGUAGUGGUAUAUUGAAAAGGCUCCAACUGUCCAGUAAACAAACAACUAAUUUGUAUUGGCUGGCAACUCGCAUCAAGGUCUCAAAUUCGCCCGGAGCUUGUUAAGUGUGAUGUCAUUAUGACAUCACCGGGAAGCAUUUGUAGCGGUCGGAGACGAAAAUCGGCGAAAACAUAUGGACUAGUACGAUGGUCCUGAGUACCAAUUCGCCCGAAGGUUACAGCGAGUACCGCCGAUCUGAUGCAACGGUUGACAGUGAAGAAGAUAGUGUCACGGUAACGGUUUGGCAAAUCAUGGACAUAUCUGCAACCCGUACAAGGUAACACCACGUUCGAGGUGGACGCCUAGUGGAAGAUCAGGAGUAGGGGGUUCUCCCCUUCUGUGUCUCCGUGGGGCACAUGGGUGUGCACGUGUUGCUAUCAGACAUACAAAACCUCACAGAUUUCAGUCACAUGGAAGACGAUGCUACACUGUUGCUUCCCGUUCGCUUUAUACAGGGUUGAUCGCAAGGUCUGAUCGAAACGAGCUAAAAAAUGUCGCAAGUAGGUUG